CACACUGGUCACACUGCUAACACGGACAAAAAAAGUUUUAUUUAUUGGCAAUUUCCAGGACACAAUUUAUAAUUUAUUGAAUAGGACGUAAAUAGAAAGAGUGCAGUUCUCAAACGCAGCGCAGCGUGCAGUGCGGAGCGUUUCGAAUCCGAUUUCAGUUACGAGUGUGUGUCCCGUCCCUACAGCAAACCUACAGCACAGUCGCGGCACCAUGAGCGUGUUGGCGUAUCCACGUACAAACGAUGAGGAGAUUUUUCGUCACUGCACAAAGGAUUGUGGCGUCGUUACGGCCACGGAGGACUUCCAGUAUUUCGCCCUGCGCUGCAUAUUUUGCAGCGAAAAGUUUCUUUACUUUGAUUCAUUCAUUAGCCACAUGCAAACGGUGCACCUGGGCACCGAGGGGCACAUUCCACCCACAUCCAGCCUCACCCUCAGCUUCGGUGAGCCCAUGUCCCUGUCGAUGGACGAGGAUGCCCUGCACGAGGGCAUCCAACAUAGGAAUGGCCACCACUUUGACGAGAUCGAAGACUUGACCGAUGCGGACACAGCUCUGCUAGAGCCACAAAUGGUCAUCAAACAGGAGCUUCCCGAACCCCCGUUUAGCGACGACGACGACGACGGUGAUCCCGAUCACGAUGAUGAUGAUGAUGAUGUGCUCCGUUUGCCCGCAGACGAAGACGACUCGGAGGCCAUUGACGACGAAGAGGCCAUCCUGCCCGAGAGCGAUAUGCCCUCAAUCAUACCGAGGCCUCGUCCCCGCAUGAAGGUGACUAAGCCGCGUGUGGAUGUCAAAAAUGAACCCAUCACCGCCGACGGUGACUCGUCGAUGGAUGAGUAUGGCGACCACGAUCCGAGCUACAUGGGCGACAAUGAUAAUGACAAUUCAGGCGAAUACUUGGACUACAGCGGUGGCAGCAGCAGCUUCAAUGCGGCACCCAAUCACACCUUCCCCGGCAACGAAUCAACUGAUUUUCUCAGCUACGACGAGAUGGUCGAAGAGUCCCUGCUGGGGCGGGAUCGUGAGCUGACGAUGCACAUCAAGGAUCGAAAGAUGAUACAAUUUCUCAUACAAUCAUAUCAGCGCAAUCCUUUCCUGUGGGACCACAGUGACGCUCAGUUCCGUGAUCGGGUGAAGCGGGCCCGCUUCCUCGAUUGGAUUGUGCUCGAGUUUCAGGGGCGUUUCAAUAUAUCCCUGGCCAAAGAUGCCAUCACCAGGAAGUGGGACAAUUUGCGCACCGUCUACAAGCGCGAAUGCAAUCGGAUGGCCCUCGAGAAGACAAACAUCAGUACGCUUUGGUACUUCAAGGAGCUGCACUUCCUCAACGAGGUCUACAGCUACAAUUCCAAAAUGUCUGAUGCUGUUGUCAAGGAAACAUCAUACCGUCGGCGAUUUUCAGCAAUUUGGAACGACACAUCGACUGCGAAAUUGCUGAGCAUGGUGAAGCGAUAUCAGUGCUUCUAUAAUCGCUUCGAUCCGGACUACCGCAGCAAGGAGCGCCGCGGCGAGGGUCUGCACCAGAUGGCCAUCGAGCUGCAGCAGCUGAUCGAUGUGAGCACCAUACAGAUCUCGAAGCGUAUUUCGCAGCUGCGCUUUGACUACUCCAAGCAGAAGCUGGAGCGACUUAAUUGCGAUCGUGCGGGUCGCAAGUUUAUACCGAAUUACAUCUACUACGAUCAAAUGAACUUCAUGGAUGACGACAUACCGCCGUUCAAGUGCCAGCAUUGUGCCGAUAUUGUGCAGACGCUGCGCGAACUCGAUCUACACAUGCUCACCCACCAGCCGAUCCUCGGCGGCGGCUACUAUUGCAAUGUGUGCAAUAUUCAGUUCAGCAGCGCCGAGGAGUUCGAAAGCCACAAGCAGUUGCAUCUGGGUGCCGCCGGCACGGAGGGUAAAUUCAACUGUGAACUGUGCACGGCCAGUUUCCGGGAGAAGUCCAACUACGAUGAGCAUUUGCGGCGCCACAACGAGGAGCUGCUUCUGCCAACGCUGGCGCUCAAUCUCAAUCACAGUAUACUGGAAUCAUCGGGACCCGCCGAUUCUGGCUCUGGUUCGAGCAACGGUCGUAAGCGGCGCCGCCGAAGCGCUGUUCAAUCUGCUGACGAGAGUGUCGAGGACCAGGAUGACCAGUUGGAAGGAGAGGUGAAGCCUUUUGGGUGCGGUGUAUGCCAACGUAGCUUCGCGACGCCCGGCCACCUGAAUGCCCAUCGCAUUGUGCAUCAGGAUGAGCGAGAGCGGUCGUACAAGUGCGACUAUCCGCAGUGCAACAAGUCAUUUAUGGCCCGCAACAGCCUGUUCGAGCAUCUGAAGUUGCACUACAGUAACGAGGAGUUCAAGUGCGACAUAUGCGGCAAGACCUUCAAGUCCACAAAGAAUCUGCAGAAUCACAAACAGAUCCACGACAAGGUCAAGCGAUAUGUCUGCCAGAUAUGCGGCUCGGCAUUUGCCCAGGCCGCCGGUCUCUAUCUCCACAAGCGGCGACACAAUCGUCCCAAUGGUGCUGUCGGCGCUGUUGGCCGAUCGGGUCGUAGUAGUCUGUGAGAGGGACGAGAUCGGGAUCGGGAUCGGAUCAAAACCAAGGCUGGAUCUGUUCGCAGUCGUGGACGGGGUCGUGGAAGCGCCAGUGGUCGUCAUGUCAAAUAGAUUCUUAAGCAACUUUCAACGUCCUUCAAUUUGCCAACUAACAAGGCAGCUAGCUAGCUUUUUUCCAUUAAUUUAACUUUAGCUACCACUUAUAAUGUAUUUUACACUUAUUUAAUAUUAGUUUAAUUAGGCAUUUAGUUUGUUCAACUGAGCGCUGGUACCUGCGGUACUUAAACGAAAAGUAUUCCCACCACCAAUACACCAACAACGCAUCAACAUCACCAGCACCACAAUACAAAUCAACACCACAACAACAACAAGCAACAAAAUUCCUCCCCCCCCCCACAUUCUAACUAUAUUUAAGCUUACAGUUUCGUACACUUGUUCCCUCCAUCAACAAAAACAUCAACAACAACAUCAACAAAAACAUCAACAACAACAUAUUCAACAAUAUAUGCGACAGGCCGAUAUUGUACUUAUGUGCAUGCUGGGGCAGGCAUGACAGAUCAGAUCAGAUUCGAAUUAUAAUUAUAUAUUAUAUGCAUUAUUAUACAAACAUAUACACAUUCCUAAGCCCCCCGAAAGCCCUCCACCCACUCAAAUUGCGCGUCGAAACAUUCCAGAACUAAGUAUUUUAUAUAAAAAGUAUUCUAUGUAUCGUAACUAUGUACGUAUUAUGCAUAACGAGCGAUGGACCCGAUCCUAACUCUAACAAUUAUCAGCAAUAUUUAAUUGUAUAAGUUCUACACAAAUGCACCAGCAACACCAAUACCAUGUACAGAAUGUUUAGGGAGCCCAUCAGGCAUCAGAGAAUCCAAUAAGAUGGAGAAGGAUGGAUAGAUGAAGGAUAAACGCAAAAUGAAUUGAAUUCGAUUGAACUUUUACAAUUGUAGCUUGAAAUUUUUACAUUUAAAUUAUUUUAAAUUAUACAAAUUGGAAAUCUGUUUUGUCUGAAGUUUUGUCUCAUCGUUUUGUUUUCAAUGGGUCUGAAUUACUGUCGAACUUUUCCAUUUUUUUGUUAAGGGAACCCAACACACCCGAAAGCCUGCCACUAGAGAAAUUAUAAUUUAAGAAAAAAUAAUUAUUUAUACUUUAUUCUCAGACUCAAAGACUUCGGACUUCCAUUUUAAUAAUAAUAAAACUAAGAAUAAUCCUAAACUCGCGACUACUCUACACAAUUUAAGGCAAAAGUGUUUGCAAUUUCCAACAAUUCGAUAAGAAUAAUGCAACCUCACGAGUCUUCAAAGAGUCUUCCUCCAACUAAGGCUUUGCAACAUUUACAUUUUACAUUUACUGGAAUUCCUUACAAAAAACAAAAUUCGAUCGAUGCUUAUUACUAAUAUACAUAAAUGGCUGAAACUGGCUGAAAAGUAAAUUAAAUGUCUACCAUUUUAGAGACAGAGAUGGGGCUUAUGGCUGAUGGCUGAUGGCCCCUCCUGAUUAUCCAACGACUGACUGAAUCCUGUAAACAGUGGGAAAGGGUGGAAGUUCGAAGGUUUAACUAAAUAAUUAUGUAAAUAUGUAAUUUUUGAGAUUAUGCACAGACCGCCUGCUAAUUGUUUAUAGCAGCGCCAUAUAUAAGCCCAUGACACACAAUAUCUUAAACCUAAGCAAUCAGAUCCAGAGACACACACAAACACAUAUGUAUUUAGAAUUAAUUACAGAAAUUCAGCAAAAGCCUGUAAAAGCCUAAAAUUUGAAUUGAUCCAACUUACAGUUUGUCCAACCAUAAACACUUUUAUACCCAAAAUUUCAAUUAUGUCUAAUGGAAUAUUCGUACAGCAAUUAGCAAGAGUAGAGCACUAGGACCUUCCGUACCCACUUCAUUUAGCACACAAUUCACACUAUUUUGUAUCCUAAUUGCGCUGAUUCAUGCGCAUUUGCAUUUCGCUUUCAAACCCAAAAAAAAAAACAGUACCACAUGGUCUCUGGCUUAUCUGAGGGGGUAACGUCACCGCAGCGUAACUGAUAGAAAGGGAGAAAGUUCUAUGAUCUAUUAAGAACCAAUUCUCACUAUUUACUUUCUACUGCGACCCUCCUCCAAUGGAUUUUCUGCUUGGUAUCUGCUUGGGGCCCAAAAGUUAGUUCAUCUUUUUAGUUUUUUAUGUUUUUUGUUUCAUGGCCAAUGCCAAGAUAAGUUGUGAAAUAGUUAAAGGCAAA